GAGAGGCUCAGCGGAGGUUUUCCUGGUUUCGGACCCCAGCGACCGGAUGGUGAAAUCCUCCCUGCAGCGGAUCCUCAACAGCCACUGUUUCGCCAGAGAGAAGGAAGAGAAUAAACCCAGCGUCCCCGUUCACCCCAGUCGCACCAUGCCGCUCAUCAGUCUGCACCGCCGCGGAGGCCGCAGCAGCGAGAGUUCCAGGGUCUCCCUUAACUGCUGUAGUAACCUGGGUCCAGGGCCUCAGUGGUGCUCCUGAUGGCCUCACCUACCCCUGAAUCCAGGUGGGCGAGGGAAUAGUCAAAGGGAUCACAAUCUUUCAGCUAAUUUAUUUUACUCCGAUAAUAGACUGAAUGUAACAGAGGAACUAACGUCUAAUAACAAGACGAGAAUUCUCAAUGUCCAGACCAGGCUCACAGAUGCCAAACACAUCAACUGGAGAGCAGUGCUGAGCAGUAGCUGCCUCUACAUCGAGAUCCCAGGCGGUGCUCUGCCAGAGGGGAGCAAAGACAGCUUUGCAGUUCUUCUCGAGUUUGCUGAGGAGCAGCUGCAUGCUGACCAUGUCUUCAUUUGCUUCCACAAGAACCGUGAUGACAGAGCCGCUCUGCUCCGAACCUUCAGCUUUAUGGGCUUUGAGAUUGUGAGACCAGGGCAUCCCCUUGUCCCCAAGAGACCCGAUGCUUGCUUCAUGGCCUACACAUUUGAGAGAGAGUCUUCGGACCAGGACGAGUAGCAGCUGCACCACCUGCACCCUCACCUCUGCCACCACUGUCAGAUCAUCGCAGAUAGUAGCCCCUUCAUGUGUCUCGCUUUGAGCUGGUGGUGUGACCAACUGCUGCACUGGGGUGCAAAUGCCAGGCCUGCUCCCCUCUUCUGGGUUUUGUCCGCAUGUUGUAAUUGUGCAAAUAAAUGCUCACUCCAAAAAAAGAAGAAGAAAAA